AUAAUUUCUAGAAAUAUCUUUUUUUUUGUAAGCAACAGAGCGAAAAAUACAUUUCUUCAUUUCUUGAUAAAGUUAAAUACUAAUUCUUCAAAAUGUCUUAUAUGCUCCAACAUCUGCACAAUGGAUGGCAGGUAGAUCAAGCUAUAUUAUCAGAAGAAGAUCGAGCAGUGAUAAUACGAUUUGGACAUGAUUGGGAUCCAGCAUGUAUGGUUAUGGAUGAAACAUUAUAUAGGUGUGCUGAGAAGAUGAAAAACUUUGCUGUUACAUAUCUUGUGGACAUCUCUAAAGUACCAGAUUUUAAUAAAAUGUAUGAGUUGUAUGAUCCAUGUACAACCAUGUUUUUUUAUCGUAAUAAGCACAUUAUGAUAGAUUUAGGAACUGGUAAUAAUAAUAAAAUAAACUGGCCAAUGGAAGACAGUCAAGAGUUUAUUGAUAUUGUAGAAACAGUGUAUCGUGGUGCUAGAAAAGGGAGAGGUUUAGUGGUAUCACCUAAAGACUAUUCGACUAAAUAUCGCUAUUGAAAAUAUUCUGUUUAUUCAUUGGAUUUCAUUGUGUUUUGUGAUAAUAUUCACUGUGACCUGUCUAAAUUCAUCAAAGGGAGCUUAGAUUGUUUAAAGAAAUUAAAAGCAUAACAAUUUGCAAACAAAUUGUUGAGCUCCCUUCUGGUGCGCUUGAUAUUUUACUUUAUUCAUUCAUUCAUUCAUUUAAAUUUAUGUUGCAAUAAAGCUGUAAAAUACUU